AUGGCCGACACCAUGCUCCUGUCAUCCGCUGUUCGUCUUCCCACCCCGCCUCCCGGCGCUUCAUAUUCACCGGGUCCUUCUGGCUCAAGGAAGAGGUCUCCGCCGUCUCGUUCUCCUUCUCCCAAACGUCGAAGAGCUCCGCCUCCUGAAGAUGAGGAUUAUCGCAAAGUGGACGAUGCAGAGCCAGGCCGUGAGAUGGAUGAACGAGAGCGACAGUUGCGUGAAAGGUUCAAAUCAAGAGAAACAGAUGAAACCAGACGGAAACCCAUGACGGCGGAGGAGAAGCAGGCAGCGGCAAAGGCAGAAUAUGAAAAACUCCUCACUAUGCGAUCUGGGGGAACAUAUAUUCCUCCUGCCAGAUUGCGAGCCUUACAGUCACAAAUCACGGAUAAAACUAGCAAGGAAUACCAGAGGAUGGCCUGGGAGGCUCUGAAAAAAUCUAUCAAUGGUCUGAUCAACAAAGUCAAUGUGUCGAACAUCAAACAUAUCGUCCCCGAGUUAUUUGGGGAAAAUUUGGUUCGUGGCCGAGGGCUGUUCUGCAGGAGUAUUAUGAAGGCUCAGGCUGCCUCUCUUCCUUUCACACCAAUUUAUGCCGCCAUGGCCGCGAUCGUCAACACCAAAUUGCCACAAGUGGGAGAGCUCUUAGUCAAUCGACUGGUCGUUCAAUUUCUCAAAGCCUUCAAGAGAAAUGACAAGGCCGUGUGCCUCUCCUCAACCACAUUCAUUGCCCACCUGUGCAACCAACAGGUGGCUCACGAGACGGUCGCGGCACAACUCCUGCUCCUCCUCCUUCAUAAACCGACUGAUGAUUCGGUAGAAAUUGCGGUCGGCCUGACGAGAGAAGUAGGCCAACAUUUGGAAGAAAUGAGCCCACCCAUUGCGCUGGCUGUAUUUGAGCAGUUCCGCAGCAUCCUGCAUGAAGCCGAUAUUGACAAGCGAGUCCAAUACAUGAUCGAAGUCUUAUUUCAAGUCAGAAAAGACCGGUAUAAAGACAAUCCUGCAAUUCGAGAGGAACUCGAUCUGGUGGAAGAGGAAGAUCAAAUUACACAUCAAAUUGAUAUUGACGAUGAUAUUGAUGUUCAAGAUUCAUUAAACAUUUUCAAGUAUGAUCCCGAAUGGGAAGAACAUGAAGAAGCAUACCGAAAACUCAAAGCUGAGAUUCUUGGUGAAGAUAGUGAAGGAGAAGGAGACGAUGAUGAAAGUGGAUCCGAAGAGAGUUCAGAUGAUGAAGAGACCGAGCAAGAACGAGCAAUGGAGAUUAAGGACCAGACAAACACAGACUUGGUUAAUCUGCGGAGGACGAUCUACUUGACAAUUAUGUCGAGUCUCGAUUUCGAAGAAGCGUGUCACAAGCUGAUGAAAGUCCAACUUCCACCAGGCCAGGAACCGGAAUUGCCUUCAAUGAUUAUCGAAUGCUGUUCUCAGGAAAAGACUUAUUCGAAGUUCUUUGGCCUCGUGGGCGAAAGAUUCGCAAAGCUUAAUCGACUCUGGACGGACCUGUUUGAGCAAUCCUUUGCUAAAUAUUACGACACCAUUCACCGAUACGAGACCAAUCGAUUACGAAAUAUUGCUCGCUUUUUUGGGCAUCUGUUAAGUACCGACGCCAUUGGCUGGCACGUCUUUUCAGUGGUUCACCUCAACGAAGAAGAGACAACAUCAAGCAGUCGUAUAUUCAUCAAGAUCCUCUUUCAAGAUUUGGCGGAGGCAUUGGGCCUGCCCAAACUUCAGGAGAGAAUGAAGGAUGAUAUUCUUCACCCCAGCUUUGCCGGUAUCUUUCCAACUGACACUCCGCGGAACACCCGUUUUUCCAUCAAUUACUUCACCAGCAUCGGUAUGGGAGUCCUCACGGAAGAGAUGCGCGAACAUCUCAAAAACCUUCCCAAACCUGAACCACCCGCGCUGCCUGCACCUAGAGAUGACAUUUCGGAUUCUGCGAGUGUUAGCUCGUACUCAAGUUAUUCUAGCUAUACAACAAGCAGGUCGUAUACCAGAAGCCCUUCUCGUGACAGACUUACGAGUCGGGGUAGAGACGCUCGGUCAAGAAGCCCAGAUGACAGGGAUCGAGGGAGGAGCUACGGCCGCAAAAUGUCUCGGUCGAGGUCACCGCCCGCCCGAAAAAAUGGCGCACAACGUAGCAGAAGCUACAGUGCUUCGAUAUCACGGUCGCGUUCUCCCCCUCGCCGGGGUCUGAGAAGGAGAUCACCUUCUUCCUCCGUCUCUCGAAGCCCUCCAAGGAGAAACGCCGUUCCUCGUCGUGGAAGAUCUCCAACCAGGUCAAGGUCCUCCAGUUAUUCCAGCGUCUCUCGCUCUCCUUCGCGACGCCUCCCAGCUCGCCGCCGAGACUAUUCGAACUCGCGAUCUCCAUCACGAUCACCUCCACCCCGCCGAUCCAGCCCACUCCGUCGCCGCAACUACUCUCCAUCUAGAUCUCGUUCCCCGUCGAGUUUCACUCAGAGAGGAGGCCGCGCCGCGCGGGAUCUCAGCCGGUCGCCGUUGCGCUCACGACCUCCCCGCCGCCGCCGUCCCGCGCGGUAUUCCAGAAGCAGAAGCUGGAGCAGGAGCUACAGUCCACCUUCGCGAAGACGAGCGCCAGCUCAUCGUCGACGAAAUUCGUCUAGCUACAGUGAACGCUCCAUGUCGAGAUCACGGUCUCCACAUCCGGUACGCCGUCCUGGCCCACGACGUGAUGAUGACAGAAGACGCUCACCGAGUCCCGUCAGACGCAUCUGGAGAAGACGGGGCUCCAACCCUGAAAACGGUGGUAGAAGAGAGAGGAAGAGGGGCCCGGACUCGCCAGUUGCAAACACAGGAGCAGGAAGCAGCAGACCAAAGGCGGCGGACUUUGAGUGA